AUGCAGCCCAAACAUCUGAAUUGGGCUUCUCCGGCAUCCCCACCACAAACUCUAGAGCCCGGUCCAAACUUCCGGCCCGGCCCAAUAAAUCCACCAUGCACGCAUAAUGCUCCAUCCUCGGCUUCAUCCCGUAAAACCUUUCCAUCCUCCCGAAAAUCUCGUACCCUUUCGCAACUAAACCCGCAUGAGCACACGCGGAUAAGUUGUAAUGCCUCGUCCGGGCUCCCGUUUUUACCGUACCCGUCUAUCAUUGAAGUCCACGAAAAAACGUUUCUAAUCGGCAUUCGGUCGAAAAUCCGCCGCGCGUAG